CCCCUUCAUUUCGACUUAACAGGUGUGUGGACCUUAGCAGUUAUCCUGGCUCUGCCGCCGCUCACGAAGGGUUGGGGUGACUACGGCUUUCUUCCAAACCAAUCAUUCUGUUUCUGUCGGUGGCGAAGCAGUAUCUCCUAUACAUUCUUCAUGGUAGGUGUGUGCUUCGGUGGACCCUGCUCUGUGAUGACCUUCUGUUACAUCAACAUCCUCAAGGUCGUCCGUCAAAGCAGGAAGCGCGUCGCCAGCAACCCGAUGCCAACCAUCCAGCAACGGCCGAAGACAAAAGGCUCUCCAAAGACCGAACCAAAGAAGUCGGUACCAUCCUUCUGUGUCAACGGCAACACGGAUACCCGGUCACCGUCAAAGGGUUCGGUUAACCCAACCGUUGAUGCGGUAAAUGGAGGCGAUGCCCGGCAAAUGCUCCGGACGCAACUGAACGACCUCCUGCGUUCUAACACGGUAGGAAUGUCACAGAAUAGUUUGUCGCAAAAGAAUUUGUCUCAAAGUGACCAUUCCGAUUCGGACGAUUCGCGACCUGGCAGCGUGGAGCAGAACAGGUCUCAAAGCGCAGACAGCACUCCUUUAAAAACGACUAGCCUUCGUUCACUUAGACCUAAGCCAAGAGAAAUCAAAUGGAUCGUUCCAGAGAGAAAGUUAUCUCUGGCAAGCAUUAUCGGAUCAACAUCACCACCUAAAGAUGGCGAAGACAACAACAGCAACAAACUUAACGGGAGUCCUAAGGUUCAGGAAGCAACAGAAAGGAGCUCUCUCGCUCGUCUUGCCGUUCCAGUCUCCACGGACGUAGCGCGGAGAAAGCAACGAAAGAAAAACCGAUCCGAAUCUGAGAAGCGACGGAAAGUGGAAGAACUCAAACUCACCAAGUCUUUCUUGGUUGUCAUCUUUGUCUUCGUGCUGUGCUGGUUUCCAUUUUGUAUCACCAUGUUCUGGAGUGUUUUCUCGAAAAUUGAUAAUGCAGUUCCACGUCCUGUAGACAUGGGUACCUUGCUCUUGGGGUACUUGAACAGUUGCUGUAAUCCUAUCAUCUACGGGGUGAUGAACAAGAGAUUCCGAGCAGGUUACAAGAGCGUCCUCUGCGGGUGGAGACGCAGGACGACGGAUAGCAAUAACACCACUUUCCAAGUAGACGGGAUAAACCUCAACACAUCCACCGUGGGAUCGACUGGGUAAAGAUAAUGAUGAAAGAAACAGUUAGACUUUGUCUUUACUAGUAUCUCAAUAUGUCAUUGAACCCGGUGAUGGCAUUUCGCA